UCACAGUGCAGGAUGUGGUUCAUCUUGCUCACUCAUGGAGCUAGCCAUAUAAUAAUUAAGCUUAUGUCAUUCUACUGCCUACCAUUUUGGGUUAAAGACACAAGUCUUGUAGACACGGGUGUUGUACAACUAGUUGAUACUUGAAACAAGAAUGUAUUCCAAUAACCCUCUCUGAUGAUUUGGAAAUCUUUAAUUUGUCUUCCAGAUAAAGAAGUACAGCUGUUUAAAAGGCUCAUCAACUGUAAAUGCAGAAAUUAUUCAGCAAACACACCAUUUGAAGUAAUCACGGAACUAUGCUACAAAGUUUCUCCACCGGGUCACGUACCUUCUCACAUCAAACAGCCACCUUAUGCUAAAAGUGGUGUACCCCCAGUUGUACCUAGAUCCAUAGAGAUAAAAACAGAGGAGCAAAUUGCUGCAAUGAGAACAGCAUGUAGAACAGCAAGAAAAGUCCUCAAUGUUGCCAGAGAUAAUGUCAAGGAAGGAGUGACAACAGAAGAUAUUGACAAAGCUGUGCACCAGGCAGCCAUUUCACUUGGAGCUUAUCCAUCUCCACUGAACUACAAAAAAUUUCCUAAGUCUGUUUGUACAUCUGUUAAUAAUGUGGCUGUUCAUGGAAUACCUGAUAGUAGGUCUUUAAAGAAUGGUGACAUCAUUAGUGUGGAUGUUUCAGUAUACAUAGGAGGCAUGCAUGGAGACUUGUGCGAGACCUUCUUGGUGGGUGUUGUUGAUGAACAGGGACAAAGAUUACUAGAAAGCAGUCAACGUUGUCUUGAUGCUGCUGUUAAUAUCUGUAAACCUGGCGUACGAUUUUCUUGGAUUGGUAACACAAUUGAGUUCAUGGCCAGGAAGGAUGGAUUCACAGUAUGCCCCAAUUUAGCAGGUCAUGGCAUUGGAUCAAUGUUUCAUGGCCCCCCAGAAAUUUUACAUACAGCAAACUCUAAGGCUGGAAAAAUGGCUUCUGGGAUGACAUUUACCAUAGAACCUGUCCUCUGUGAAGGAUCUCCAGAAAUAGCAAUUCUUGAAGAUGGCUGGACUGUCGUUACAAAAGAUGGAAAAAGGACUGCACAGUUUGAGCAUACACUCUUGAUAACUGAUACAGGAGUGGAAGUACUUACAGAUGAUACUGAAGACUGAGAAUUGACCUUGGGACAGCAGUUCAUGCAGAGUAGAUAUUCAAGGCUUUUUUUAAGCAAAACAAAAGUGAAAUUUAUAUUUUAUAAAGUGAGUUUCAUAAGAUCACUGUAUUUUACUUAACAAAGUGAGAAUAAACUUUAGUACAAAUG